CUGGUAGCAGUUCGUAAUUCUUUUAACAUCUUUCAUAAUCCACAUUCCUUCCACGAUGAGAAAUAUCGUAGCAUUCGAGUCAUCAGAAUUUCUCGACUGCAUUGUCUGUCAGCAUGGGAUUGAAGGUAAUCAUUGCUUGCGAAAGCAUAUUCAGUCUGCCGCUUGCCAAAAUGCUUGAACAAUUCGAUAUCGAAUAUAUCCUUCUGGAGCCGCAUAGCACGAUUGCGCCUCAAUUUGGAGCCAGUAUCGGGCUUCUUCCCAACGGUCUGCGCAUUUUGGACCAAUUGGUCUGCUACGAGAAGAUUAAGGAAGCCGCCGGGGAUGUCUCCUAUCGCACCAUUUUGUGUUUGUUCAGCGGAAAUACUUGGACUGAUACGCAGCCUGUCUCUUUCUCACAACUUGGCUACCCUCAGAUAUUUGUCGACCGCAAAACUCUUCAACAGGUUCUGUUUGAUAAGUUCAAGUUCAAAGACCGAGUUUUAACCACCCAAGUAGUUGUAAGCGUGGAUCUGUUAGGUGAACAAGCCACCUUUCAUACACAAGAUGCUUCCGUCCACACCGUCCACACGGGGGACAUCGUUUUCGGAGCCGAUGGCGUCCAUAGCGCGAUUAGGGGUGAAAUGCACUAUUUCGCUGUUUCUGAUUUCCACCUAGGGUUGCAAUCGGAAUCCGAGUGCAUCUUCGGAGUAUCGAAACGACCUACAGGACUGCCCGGCACUGCGAUUCAAGUCAACUCGUUCUUCAAGAGCUGUAACUACAUGGUGUUAUCUGCCCCAAACAACAGUCUGUACUGGUUCUUGUUCACAUCGUUCGCCAGACUAUAUGGCAAAGCCAUCCCAGAAUUUACAAAGGAAUACAAGCUCGCUCUAGCAGAGAACCACUUUGAUGAACAGGUUACGGAGACAUUCCGCGACAUACACGCGAAUAGACUACAGACGACUCUAGUGGCCCUAGCGGGUCAUGUCUUUCCCCGAUCGUAUUUUCAAGGAGUCCUGAUAAUCGGCAAGGCCGCUCACAAGUUCCUUUUUACGGAAGUUCAGGCCAAACGCUUCAUCCGUGCUGAGGCUGCCGAGACCUUUUUCUUCUCCCGUGUCUUGGUGGAUUAUUUCUUCACGAGAUUGAGCCAAAGCUUGAUCUGGGGUCUAAUUAUCAAGAACAUGGAGACAGGGCCAACCAUUGACGACAUUCCAAUCCCAAAAAGAUGCGAGAAGGCCGUUAUUCGCCAUCGCGAAACCACGAACAAACGGAGUUGGUCUUUCUGGAGCCUUGUGACACUCGGUCCAGGUAUUCUUACUCUGCUUCAGUACUCCACUAUUAGCUGGAUACGAACCUCUUGUACUUCACGAGAUUAG